CACUACUUCCACCCACACCAACGCCAACACCAUGGCCGUAAUCACCCACCACCCCGAGCCCAUCAGCAUCUGCACCACGCAAGAGGACGGUCUCACCCUUCUGAAAGAGCAGCACCCCAACCCAGACACCGACGGGUACGAAACCGACAGCAGCCAGCCCCCCCUCUCCCCCAUCUCCCCAUCAUCCACCACCGGCGACAGCUUCCUCACCCCGCCCUACUUACCCGACCUCACCAACGCCCUCCCCACCAGCCCCCUCCCCUCAGACUCGGAGGAAGAAGAGCAGGAGGUGCCAACCCCCUGGAUCAUCGGCCCCACCGACCCACGCUACCUCCCCACACUGAUCGGCAUCGCCCAGAGGGAUAUCACGCGCCUCACCCUCUACGCGGAGGAGAUGCUCGACACGCAGCCGGCGCACGCCGCGCGGCGGCGCGGCCAGCAGCGGCGCCUGGCCGCGCUGAACCUGGACCCGGCGUCGGCGGACCGGCUGGUCGGCGUGGAGCGCGAGGAGGAGGCGGCGAUGCAGGGUGUGGUGGACAAUUUGUGGUAUCUGGUGGAUAUGCAGAAGAUGCUGGACGAGCUGGAUCAGCUGCGGCUGUGCCCUGUGAGGGGGGCGGGGGCUGGGGCUGGGGGGCGGGAGGGGGAGGGGGAUGAUAAGGGGGAUGAUAGGGAGUAUGGUGAGAAGAGGUUGGCGGAAGAUGUGCUGGGGGUGAUUGAUAGGCUGCGGGCGGUUGGGGAUUGGUUGGAAGCUGUGCAGACGUGGAGGGAGGAGAAUGUGUUGUGGAGGGAGAAGAAUUGGUUCUACUGAGCGGAGGUCUUGGUGGAGAGGGAGC